UCCCAAGGAUGGAUCAUUCCCAGUGCCUUGUGACUAUAUACGCCUUGGUGGUUCUGCUGGGUCUCCGGCUAGAGCAGGGCGCCUGCCAGCACUAUCUGCACAUCCGACCGGCUCCCAGCGACAACUUGCCCUUGGUGGAUCUAAUCGAGCACCCGGACCCUAUCUUUGACCCCAAGGAGAAGGAUCUUAACGAGACCUUGCUAAGGAACCUCAUGGGCGGACACUUCGACCCCAACUUUAUGUCUGUUUCCUUGCCCGAGGACCGGCUCGGAGUGGACGAUUUAGCUGAGCUGGACUUGCUGCUCAGGCAGAGACCCUCGGGAGCGAUGCCCAGCGAAAUCAAAGGGCUGGAGUUCUACGACGGGCUGCAGCCGGGCAAGAAGCACAGGCUGAGCAAGAAGCUGCGCAGGAAGCUGCAGAUGUGGCUUUGGUCCCAGACCUUCUGCCCGGUCCUAUACACGUGGAACGAUCUCGGCAGCCGCUUUUGGCCCCGGUAUGUCAAAGUGGGCAGCUGCUACAGUAAAAGGUCUUGUUCAGUCCCCGAAGGCAUGGUUUGCAAACCUGCCAAAUCCGUGCAUUUAACGAUCCUGAGGUGGAGGUGCCAGCGCCGGGGCGGGCAGAGAUGCACAUGGAUACCCAUCCAGUACCCCAUCAUUUCGGAGUGUAAGUGCUCCUGCUAGGGCUGGCACUUUCCUUCGCGCCCCUUCUCCAGCGGACUCACGUGGACCUUUGCUGCAACAGAAAUAAAAGACAUUUGCUUUCUGGUUAACGUUGUAAUGCACUGUAACGUGUAGGAGAAUGUAUAUUGUGUAUGUAUAUAUGGCACCGGUUUAAUAUACUAUUAAGAGGUCAGUAUUAUACGUUAAAUAAUCAGCGUCUACUGUAUUUUCAAGACUAUUACCCUGAUCGUUGCUAAUGUAUCUUUUUUUUGGUAUUUAUAUUCCAGAGAGAAGUUGCUUCGCUUGGGCGAAGUAGGUUUUUUGUUGGGUGUUGUUUGUUGUUUUUUUUAAUAAAAGGAUUAAAAAAUACAAACCAAGCUUUUUGAUAAGAAAACGUUUAAAGCUAUUUUCCAUUAUUUGGAAAGCGUGUGUGUGAGGGUUUUUUUUCUUUUUCCUUACGGACUUUAGAUUUAAAAUAAAAAUGAAUAAACGCCUAGAGCACAAUGUUAUUGUAAAUAGAGAGAACAGUUUGAAUGACUUAAUCCUAUGUAAAUGAAGAGUAUCUGCUAUUUAUUCUUUAUAUCCUUGUAGUAAAAGUGCAGUGCAGAAUUAAAGUCAACCACUAAAACACGA